UUGAAAAUUGGUCUCCCUUCUCUUGGUUCAUCCCAUCUCCUUCCACCCCCACCGCAGAGAUGGCCAACGUCAAUAGCGCCGGCGACGCCGGGAUCGUAGUGAGUUUUGGAGAGAUGCUCAUCGAUUUCGUGCCGACCGAGUCCGGCGUCUCGCUGGCAGAAGCCACAGCGUUCUUGAAGGCCCCCGGCGGCGCGCCGGCCAACGUUGCCAUCGCCGUCAAGCGCCUCGGAAGGCGGAGCGCCUUCGUGGGAAAGCUCGGCGACGACGAGUUCGGCCACAUGCUCGUAUCCAUCCUCCGCGACAAUGGCGUCUCCGACGCGGGUGUCGUCUUCGACUCCGGCGCACGCACCGCCUUAGCAUUCGUUACCCUCCGGGCCGACGGCGAACGGGAGUUCAUGUUCUAUCGCAACCCCAGCGCCGACAUGCUUCUCACGAAGGCCGAGCUUAAUGUGGAUCUCAUCAGAAAAGCUUCAAUAUUUCACUAUGGAUCCAUAAGUUUGAUUUCGGAGCCAUGCCGAUCUGCUCAUCUCAAGGCCAUGGAGUUGGCCAAGGAGGCUGGUGCUCUUCUGUCCUUUGAUCCAAACCUCCGGUUGCUGCUCUGGCCAUCACCUGAGGAGGCUCGCAAGCAGAUCCUCAGCAUCUGGAACCAGGCCGAUAUUGUCAAGGUCAGCGAAGUCGAGCUUGCAUUCUUGACUGGUCAUGACUCUGUGGAAGAUGAAGUUGCCAUGCGGCUCUGGCACCCGAACCUGAAGCUGAUGCUAGUAACCCUCGGAGAUAAGGGAUGCAAGUACUACACCAAGGAUUUUCGAGGACUAAUUGGAUCCUUUCCAGUCAGGCAGGUGGAUUCAACAGGUUCAGGCGAUGCAUUUGUAGGUGGGAUGCUCCGAGGAAUCGAAGAAGACCGAUCAGCUUUGCAGGAUGAGAAGAAACUGAGGGAAGUACUAAAAUUCGCCAAUGCAUGUGGGGCGAUCACUGCUACCAAAAAGGGGGCAAUCCCUUCAUUGCCAAAUGUAGCUGAAGUCAUGCAGUUGCUUGAGAAGGCUUAAGGCAGAGUCUGGUCUACUAAAAACCGUUUGGAAACACAAACAAAAGAGAUUGCCCAGCUAAAGCAUCAUAUAAAGGAGCUUGAGGCGAAGGAACUAAUGGCAAACGAAAAUGUUGAAGGACUCAUGAUGGACAUCACAGCAGCAGACGAAGAAAUUUCAAGAUGGAAAGCUGCUGCAGAACAAGAAGCAGCAGCUGGCAGAGCUGUUGAACAGGAGUUUCAGUUACAGUUGUCAACUCUUAGAAAGGAACUGGAAGAGACAAAGCAAGCAACCCUAGAAUCUGAGAAUAAGCUCAAGUUCAAAGAAGAGACUGCUGCCGCAGCCAUGGUUGCUAGAGACGCAGCUGAAAAAUCCUUGAAAUUGGCCGACAUGAGAUCCUCAAGGCUGCGGGAGAGACUUGAGGAGUUAACUCGGCAGCUCGAGGAAUCCGAAAACCUAGAUGAUUUCCGGAGCAGAAACAAUUAUCGAUACGUGUGCUGGCCCUGGCAAUGGCUGGGCUUGAAUGCUGUAAGAUACCAUCAACCCGAUGUACCACAGGGUAACAACGAGAUGGAAUUGUCAGAACCCCUAAUGCAGGGUACAUUAUGACCAGUCGAAAGACAGAACCUGUAAAUUAAGAGCUAAGUGUGAUGAUCCUCCGCAUUUAUCGCUCAUUUAUAGUUCAUAUGAUUCGUGUCAUGAUUUGGAUCCUUUUAGUGUUGGAUGAAAUUUUUGUUGGGGCAGAUGUUUAUUCCAACUGAGAGAUGACCACAUUGAAUUCCUUUCUCAAGGGCAUCAUAAUGUGUCGAAGGGAUACAAAUAAUUAUUUUACUAAAG